GACCUACGCGAUCACUUGUAGCAUGCGAAAGCCUGAUGCUGUCCAAGGCACGGCUCCUCGUUCUGCUCUUCGGCUGGUCCGACACGGCCGUGAUGCGCACGCAUUAAGCAGGUAUAUUAACAGCCAGCUACGCCCAUGUUUACCACGCACACAGGUACGUAUCGCAUACUCUGCGUGCGACCUUUGCGCCAGCGGGAGCGAGGCACGGGUCAGCAGGACGAUUGUAAGGAAGACCCGGGUUGUCGAUGGCCAGAGGAGGGGAAGGGGGGGGGGGGAGAAGACAGGGGAUGCGGUUCGUUAAUAAACCUGGAAUAAAUGAAUGCUCGCCUACCUGGUCUGUUCAUUAUGCCGGUUAGCUACCCAGGCGCUCCGGGUUGGCAGGCGAUAAUAGGAGGAAUAAUAUUGACUGAAAAUAAUAAACAAAACCGAGCCCUGCCGCCCCUCACCCACCUCUCUCGAGGCCGGGUCCAGUCAGAGCCCGCGACGCCGCUCUCCACCUGCCUAAUCGGGCACACACACUGUAUCGUACUACCGCGUCUGCGCCGUGCGCGUGGUCGGGUUUUUCUCUCUUCUUUUUUUUUUCUUCCUUGUCGGCCGUCGGAGAGGGUGGCAGGGGUAAGCAAGGGGGGGGGGAGGCAGUGCCUAUGUAAUAAUAAGUUCUGGCUUGGGAGGGAGGGGAGGGAUGCCUAUCCGUUGUAUAAGACACUCUCACGCAUGCCUCUCACUCGCUCACUCUCUCACACCUCCUCUCACAUGCGAAUGCCGCCGAGAUGCACGAGGAAGAGGAAGAUGGUGGGACGGACGAGGGCCGACCUAAACCAAAAGGGCGGCGGGCCUAACUUCUCCUCCGCCUUCUUCCUCCGUCCCGCUUCCUCUCAUAGGCUGGCCGCGAUGCCUCUCAGGUGCCUGAGGUGCCUCGGGCGUCGCUUAGUGGCUGGCGGCUCCGAGACUGGGUCGAUCGGAUCGUGGAGAAGGCCGUGGAGACACGACGCCACCAUCUCGUCUUUCUCAUCUGCUCAUUCGUCCGCCGGCUUUUAUCGGUUAGGCGGCAGCAGACCGAACUGCCGCACUCUGCAAUCGGGCUAUAAACCGCCAAAUGAAUUAAAGAUGCCAAGGAAGAAAGAAGUAAAUAAAUAGUGGAGCGUAGGUGUCUUGCUUUGCUCUUGGAUAAAUGCCCAGCGUCGGCGGUGGUUUCGUGUCGUCGACGGCCAGGCGUAUCUUGUCGAAGAGGGCUCCCGAUGAUAUAUAUACGAAAAGAAGGAG